AUGAACGAAUCCAGCCACCAAAAAAAAUCCAAAAGGGGCAGAAAAAAAGGCUCGAAAACCAAGCAACAAACAAAAAAAAUAAAAAAGGAACGCUCCUCACAUCCACCUCCAAUAGAACUAGACGAACCAAUAGAGUGCGAUCUGUGCCAGCAAACCUACAAAAACAACGUAGCAUUCGCUUUGCACUCGAUCCAACACAGCGAAGAUCGCAGGUACAGUUGCCACCUGUGCGACUUCAAAAACACCUCAAAGUACCACAUAGAGAUGCAUAUAAGGGCCCACGAAGGUACCACCAAGUACAAAUGCGAAAUUUGCGACAAAGCCUUCACUGUCAGCACAAACGCAAUCGAACACAAAUACUUCCACACAGGCGAAAAACCGUUCCAAUGCGAAAUAUGCGGCAAACAUUUCAUGUACUCGAGAUUCUUAGCCUCCCACAGAAGAUCCCAGCAUUGGGAAAUAAUGACAGGCACCCCUUUAGUAAAAUACGAUUGCAAAAUUUGCAACAAGCACUACACCUCAUCCAGCGGCCUCAAAAGGCACAACUUAAGAAACCACAACACAGAAGGCAUCGAUACUAGCGUACUUUGCGACACUUGCGGCAAACGAAUCAGCAGCAAAGAAAAACUUAAAUUCCAUAUAAGAAUCCACACAGGCUAUAAGCCGUUUGCUUGCGAAAUAUGCGGCAAAGCCUUUACAGAAAAAGAGCGGCUAAAAGAGCACAUGCGAGUGCAUACAGGCGAGAAACCAUUUGUAUGUAAAUAUUGUGGCAAAUCAUUUACACAAAGAUCGCCUUUGAAAAUACACGAACGCACCCACACCGGUGAACAGCCUUAUAUUUGCCGCUUGUGCGGCAAAGGGUUUGUUUCAAAAAGCGCCAUGGAUGCUCAUAUACGGAGCUGCUCAGCUUUGCAAAUACCCAGCAGUAAUCCGUACCCGCAACAUUUACCGAAUAACUUUUGCGUGAUUUGCAACAAAUUGUUUGGUACCAAAGGGGCGUUGGCCACGCAUAUGAGUAUACACGGGCAAGAAAUGUUCCAAAGACAAGCUGAGUUGAUGAGUGAGGAUUUUACAAGGAAACGGAGUUAUGUGGGUGAUGAUGGAGUUGUUAUGAAUUAUUCGGAUGAGAAUAGUCAGGAAUUCAUUGAAGUCAAACCGGAUAUUCACAAUAUAAAACUAGAACCCGAAGAGAAAACUUCCAAAAACGCAGAAAUUCCCAACGUAGAUUUAACAAUCGUAAAAUUCGAAGACGAAGAAGAAGUACAAGAAGUUAAAACAAAAGACCCCUUGCAAAACGAACCACAAACAAAUGGAACCGAAAUAAAAUUGGAUUCCGUAAAUACGAAAAUCACCGAAGAAAUUAAAACACAAAUGAAGGCGAAUAUAAAGAAAAAAUACAUAACCAUAAAGAAAAUUAUACCCGAAAAACCAGUGAUACAAAUAGCAAAGAAUUUGUUUGAAAAGCCAAAACAAAUUGAGGUACAACAACCAAAACAGCAGAUAACAAUCACAAAGAAAAUAAUACUUAAAUCGCAAGAUUGGGCCAGAAUUAAAAACCUACCAAAAAUACAAACAAGACAAAUUCUAAAACCAACAAUACAAAUUCAAAAACCAACAAUACAAAUUCAAAAACCAACAAUACAAACUCCAAAACCAACAAUACAAAUUCAAAAACCAACAAUACAAAUUUCAAAACCAACAAUACAAAUUCAAAAACCCACAAUACAAAUUGCAAAACCAACAAUACAAAUACAAAAACCAACAAUACAAAUACCAAAACCAAUAACACAAAUUUCAAAACCAACAAUAGAGAUUCCAAAACCAACAAUACAAGUUCCAAAACCAGCAAUGCAAAUUGUCGAACAACCACCAAAACUGCUAAAUAUACAAAUAGCAAAAGACUUAUUCCGAAAAUCUCUAGUCGAUAUGUCUAAAAAACAACAAGAACAACAACCAACAAUAAAAAUCGCAACCAAUUUAUUUGCAAACAAUAAACCUGAAACCAAUGAAAAUUCAAGCAAUGACAGAAUUCACGCAAAACUGGAACAAGUCUUGGACGAAAAAAUCGAAUCAAUCAACAUGAUCGAACCAAUAGAAUGUCCAGUUUGCGACAACGUCUUCAUGGACAACGUAAGUUUCGCCUUGCACUCUAUCGUACAUAGUCCCGACUCAAGAUUCAGCUGCCACUUGUGCAACUUCAGAAACACGUGCAAAUUCCAAACCGAGAGUCACAUGUCCAGGCACAACAAAAUGUUCCAGUGCGGCGCUUGCAGCAAAGUGUUUUGGAGCAACGGGCUUUUGGGCCUCCACGUGACCAAAAAUCACCCCAACGAAAGUGCUUUUCCUUGCAAAUCGUGCAACAAGCCUUACUCGUCAGCCGCUAGUUUGAAAAAGCACUUUUUGAAAAACCACGCAAAAGUUGACGAGAGUCUUUCGUGCCAAAUUUGCAAAAAAGUCGUUGUCAAUAAAGAAAGGUUGAAGUUUCAUAUGCGAACUCAUACAGGGUUUAGUCCCUAUAGUUGCUACAUUUGCAAAAAAACUUUCAAGGAAAAGGGCAAGUUGAACAGGCAUUACAGGGUGCACACGGGAGAACGCCCUUACAAGUGCAAGAUUUGUCCUAAUUCAUUCUCGCAGAAAUCUUCCUUGACCAUACACGGACGGAUUCACAGAAACGAAAGGCCUUAUUUGUGCAAGUAUUGCGGCAACUCGUUUAGGCAGAGUUAUGCUUGUUACCAGCACGAGCAAACUCACGAGAACGAGGACAAACAGGCGGAGGAGCUGUAUAUAUGCGGACUUUGCAAUAAGAGCUUCAAACUCAAGGCAACCAUCAAUCACCAUGUUAAACAUUGUUUUAAGAAGGUGGAUAGUAAUGCUAAGACAUAA